AUGGACGCCUCCACCAUCUACCGGGCGGUGAACAGAAAGUACUCCUCGAUCGCAUCUUCGGCGCAUUCAGAUGAUCAAGUUCAGGACUCCAAAAACGCCCAUGUCGCCACCUCGUUCGGCUACUCUGCUGAAGACCUGGCUUCACUGCCAUCAGGCACCAAUCUCGGGCUGUCAUGCGGCAACCCGCUGGCCACAGCGAACAUUCAACCAUUUGACACGAUGCUCGAUCUUGGCUCGGGCGGCGGACUCGAUUGUCUGAUUGCGGCGAAACAGAUGCUGAAAGCCGAUGCUUCUCCCAAGGGGAAAAUUUACGGCGUCGACCGGAAUGAAAACAUGAUUGCUCUUGCCAGGAAGAACGCAGCCCAGGCAAACCUGCCAGAGGGUCUGGUCGAGUUCAUCGAAGCCCCGAUAUCAGAUAUCGCACUCCCGGACGCGGUUGUUGAUCUGAUUGUCAGUAAUUGUGUUAUCAAUCUGGUGCCAGACCAAGACAAGCCGAAGGUCUUCAGGGAAAUAUAUCGAUUGCUGAAACCCGGUGGACGAGUGGCAGUCAGUGAUUUGCUGGCGAAGAAGACAUUGCCGGAGCAUGUCAGGAGAGACGCGGCGUUGCUGGUUGGGUGUGUUGCCGGUGCGAGUCUCGUGGAGGAGUAUCGGCGUUGGAUGCUGGAAGCUGGGUUUGGUGGGGAAAGCAUCGUCUUUGUGAACACGGGGAGGGAUUUGAAUGUCUACCAUGAUGAAAGUGGUACGGCGUCAUGUUGUGCGACCAAAGAGGGGGAAGAGAAGAAGUGCUGUGGUGGCGGAAACAUCAACAGUGCUGAAGGGGAGGCUGCUGCUGGUAUCGACAACAAGAAGAUCGAUUUCAAUGAGUGGGUGGCUUCGUAUCAGAUUUAUGCGGUCAAGGGCGAUGCUGGACAGUAG